AUGGCCUAGUGACCACAUCUUUUCCUUUUAUCCAAGCAGAGCCUCGGCGCGCUCCCAGUACGGCUGACGUUCCCCUCGCCAACCGCACCCAUGCUUCUGGCGCGGAUGAAGCCGCAGGUGCAGCCCGAGAACGGCGGGGCGGACCCGGGGCCGGAGCAGCCGGUGCAAGGGCGCAAAGCCGCGGAGCUGUUGGUGGUGAAAGAGCGCAACGGCGUCCAGUGUCUCCUGGCGUCCCGCGAUGGCGACGAGCAGCCCCGGGAGACCUGGGGCAAGAAGAUCGACUUCCUGCUGUCAGUGAUCGGCUUCGCGGUGGACCUGGCCAACGUGUGGCGCUUCCCCUACCUCUGCUACAAGAAUGGUGGCGGUGCCUUUCUGAUCCCGUACACCCUGUUCCUUAUCAUUGCUGGGAUGCCCCUGUUCUACAUGGAGUUGGCUCUGGGCCAGUACAACCGAGAAGGGGCAGCCACAGUGUGGAAGAUCUGCCCAUUUUUCAAAGGAGUUGGCUACGCUGUGAUCCUCAUCGCCAUCUACGUUGGCUUCUACUAUAACGUCAUCAUCGCCUGGUCUCUCUACUACCUCUUCUCCUCCUUCACCCUCAAGCUGCCUUGGACCGACUGCGGCCAUGCCUGGAACAGCCCCAACUGCACCGACCCCAAGCUCCUCAACAGCUCUGUGCUGGGCAACCACACCAAGUACUCCAAGUACAAGUUCACGCCGGCAGCAGAGUUUUACGAGCGUGGCGUCCUGCACCUUCAUGAGAGCGGCGGGAUCCACGACAUCGGCCUGCCCCAGUGGCAGCUCUUGCUGUGUCUGAUGGUCGUCGUCGUCAUCCUGUUUUUUAGCCUCUGGAAAGGAGUGAAGACAUCAGGAAAGGUGGUGUGGAUCACGGCCACGCUGCCCUACCUCGUGCUGUUUGUGCUCCUGGUCCAUGGCAUCACGCUGCCUGGUGCCUCCAACGGCAUCAACGCCUACCUGCACAUCGACUUCUACCGCCUGAGAGAGGCCACGGUGUGGAUCGAUGCGGCGACUCAGAUAUUUUUUUCCUUGGGGGCUGGAUUUGGAGUCCUGAUUGCAUUUGCCAGUUACAACAAAUUUGACAACAACUGCUACAGGGACGCCCUGCUCACCAGCACCAUCAACUGUGUCACCAGCUUCAUCUCUGGGUUUGCCAUCUUCUCCAUCCUUGGUUACAUGGCCCAUGAACACAAGGUCAACAUUGAGGACGUUGCCACCGAAGGAGCCGGCCUGGUUUUCAUCCUGUAUCCAGAAGCCAUUUCCACCCUGUCGGGAUCCACAUUCUGGGCUGUCGUGUUCUUCAUCAUGCUUCUGGCUCUGGGAAUUGACAGCUCGAUGGGAGGCAUGGAGGCCGUCAUCACAGGCCUGGCGGACGACUUCCAGGUCCUGAAGAGACACCGGAAACUCUUCACAUUUGGUGUCACCUUUGGAACCUUCCUUCUGGCCCUGUUCUGCAUAACCAAGGGUGGGAUAUACGUGCUGACCCUGCUGGACACCUUUGCGGCGGGGACCUCCAUUCUGUUUGCCGUGCUCAUGGAAGCCAUCGGAGUCUCCUGGUUUUAUGGUGUGGACAGGUUCAGCAACGACAUCCAGCAGAUGAUGGGGUUCAAGCCAGGCCUGUACUGGAGACUGUGCUGGAAGUUCGUGAGCCCCGCCUUCCUCCUGUUUGUGGUGGUGAUGAGUGUCAUCAACUUCAAGCCACUCACCUACGAUGACUACAUCUUCCCGCUCUGGGCCAACUGGGUUGGAUGGGGCAUCGCGCUGUCCUCCAUGGUCCUGGUGCCUGCCUACAGCGUCUACAAGUUCUUCAGCACGCGGGGCUCCCUUCGGGAGAGGCUGGCCUAUGGCAUCACCCCGGAGAACGAGCAUCACCUGGUGGCCCAGAGGGAUGUCAGGCAAUUCCAACUGCAGCACUGGCUGGCCAUCUGA